AUGACUGGUUGGGAUUUUGAUUUCGACGCUGAUGAAAGUUUCGCUGCUGGCUUCAAUGAUACAGAUCAAGUGUCAUACAGGGAUCCAGCACUUAUGACUGCAUCUAUGUUUAGAAAUAGCAAGAUAUUCUCACAAACACAAUUUUCAGUGAUGCCUGUUCAGCAAAUUCCUAUAUCUAAGACAACGCAAGAUUCUAUAGAGCUCUCACAAGAAAAUAAUAGGCUUAAAAUAUACUCGUGCACAUUGCAGAGAAAGGUUGCUGAACUCGAAUCAAGGAACCAGUCUUUAAAGACACAACUUGAUGAUUGUAGGAAUUGGCUCAGAGAUGCAAUGUUUGGUGGAAUCACCAAUAGAAAAUAA